AUGUUUGCUGGCGACAUAGGGUUCGUAUUUUUAGUUGUUCCUGAUGUAGUUCCCGAUUUCAUAGUUCCCGACUUCAUUGUUCCUGAGUUCGUUGUUCCUGAGUUCGUUGUUCCUGAUGUAGUUCCCGACUUCAUAGUUCCUGAUUUCGUUGUUCCUGAGUUUGUGCUUGCUGGCUUCACAGUUCCUGGUGUAGUAUUCGAGUUUGUUUUCGGUUGCUUCGUUCCUGGUGUAGUAUUCGAGUUUGUUUUCGGUUGCUUCGUUCCUGGUGUAGUAUUCGAGUUUGAUUUCGGUGGUUUCGUGCCUCCUGACUUCGUACCUGAGCCUCCUACCUUCGUCCCCGAGCCUCCUCCCUUCGUUCCCGAGCCUCCUCCCUUCGUUCCCGAGCCUCCUCCCUUCGUCCCCGAGCCUCCUCCCUUCGUCCCCGAGCCUCCUCCCUUCGUCCCUGAGCCGCCUGACUUUGAAUUUGCUCUUGGAACAAUCAGAAAGCCGUUGUUAGGAUUGUUGUAA